AUCAGUGGUAAACAUCACCGUCGGUUGCUGCUGCAUCGGCCAUACAGUGAUUUACAACAUAUUGAAAAUACCUAAGAUCAACCGAAAUGACACCUUUACAGACCACAACGACAUCGGUUCGACGGUGUUCCGUCUUGACGGCCACUCUACUGCUGUUGGUAGCGGUAGCCACCAGUUUGCCAUCCGGCGCCCGGUCGUCCGCCAUACGUCCCGCGUCGUCCGCUGCAUCGACUGAUGCUGCCGCUUCCCCGUUAGUGCCAAGCAGUUGGCAAGGCGUUUCAGCCGUCCACGCUGACGUACCAGCAGAGGCCGAAGGAAGGGCCGUGGUGGUCAGGAAAAAAAGGACGUUGCUCAAACUCAAGCCGCUCAUUGUGUUGCCGGUCAAAGUCGCGUUGGGCACCGGCGCCAAGCUGGUGGCCGGGGCCAAGUUCGGAGCCAAAGCUGUCGGAUUGGGCUCAAAGGCAUUGGGCGUCAGUCUCGUUGGACUGAAAGCCGUCCAUAAGGUGGCCAAAGUGACGGUGAAGGCGGCCACCGCUUUGGGCGUGAAGGCAGUGCUGCUUAACUUUUUAUUCCAGAAAAUCAAUCAGGUGAUCGACUUUAAGACCCGCUUGCUGAGCAACCUUGAUCAACGCAACCGGCAGCAGAAUGCACAAUUCCUGUCUCCAGUGUUGCCCCAAUCCUCUUCGUCUUCGAAAUCGGGAUCGAUCGGAAACAAGGUAAGCUUGCAGCGAUUUACGAUAUAUCGUGUAAUUAUUAUUAAAAUGUGUAUAUAAGAGAUAUAGGUAUAAUAUACAAAUGUAUACUAUUUUAAUGCACAUUAUACAUAGUGAGAAAGCACGAGAGUGGACAUGAGUGGUAUCACCGUAUUGAAGUAUUUUUUAGACUGUCAAAGUGGUAUACAGCAGUAUAAUUUACAGUGGUAGAGAACGAAAAGGAUGAAAAAGCGAUUGAUGUUUCGGUUGAGACUUUAAUGCAGGGUCAAAUCGAUAUAUCAAUUAUAAUGUACAAAUUGCGUAAUGAUUACCGUAUACAGUUUGGAAAUCAUUGUGAAUAAAAUGUUUUAUAGCAGAGUCUGAGAUGUGUGAUACAGUGAUAGUUAACGUUAAAGCGAUGAGUAGUGUUGUAGUGAUCCGAUAUAUAUGUAUUAUACAGAAAGCGGAAAGUUUCUACCACUCAUAUAUGUGAUUUAGAAAUUACUAUAAUAAAAUAUAUUUACAGUAUAUAGUUUAUAUAUAUAUUAAAUACCACUUUAUGUACGGCACGCACUUCACAGUAUUUUAUACUCACAAAU